GUUCUAGAGAUGCCAAACGCUGUCUUUGAACCAGGCUGACCAGUUCGCGCCGCGUGCUAAACUUUAUAUUAAACAAUUUAAUUGCCGAUCGUCGAGUGGAGAGCUUGAAGAGCCAAUGACGCAAUGGACGUGGUUUACUUUGGAGUUCUAACUAUUAGCGAUACUUGCUACAAGGAUCCGUCGAAGAAUCUCAGUGGCCCCAAGCUGGUGCGUCUGAUUAUUGAAUCGUUCAGCAAUGCCGAGGUAGCCUGCAGCAUUGCUCCCGACGAACAUGCCGUGAUCCAGGAGGGUCUGUGCCGCUGGAUCGGCUCGGACUUCAGGGUGAUCUUCACCACGGGCGGAACGGGCUUCGGGCCACGAGAUGUUACUCCCGAGGCGACCAAAACCUUGGUGGACCGGGACUGCCCCCAUCUGGCCAUGGUCAUUGCCCAGGCAUCCCUGAACAAGACCAAGUUCGCGGCCUUAUCGCGCGGCAUCUGCGGCAUCGCCAGGAACACCCUGAUCAUCAACCUGCCGGGCAGCGAGAAGGCCGUAACCGAGUGCUUUGCGACUGUGCGUGACUUGCUGCCCCACGCCAUUCACUUGAUUACCAACGAGCUGACGCUGGUGAAGCGCACUCAUGAUGAAAUUCAGGGCUCCCGUCCAGACUCCCCUGUCAUGGGACAUGUCUGUCCCCACAAGACCGGCAACGGCACUGAUUCCGAUCGCAACUCCACCUUCCCCAUGCUGCCCGUCGACGAUGUUCUCUCCCUCAUCUUCGAGAACGUCAAGAGAUGCGUCAAUCUCAAGAAGCUUCUGUGGGAGAUGACCUCUCCGGUGAACAUUCCGCCGUUCCGGGCCUCCAUCAAGGAUGGCUAUGCCAUGAAGUCGACUGGCUUCUCUGGCACCAAGCGAGUUCUCGGCUGUAUUGCUGCCGGCGAUGAGCCGAAUUCAUCACCAAUGGCGGAGGAUGAGUGCUUCAAGAUAAACACUGGUGCUCCAUUGCCCGUGGCGGCUGACUGCGUGGUGCAGGUGGAGGAUACCAAGCUGCUGCAAAAGGAUCGGCAUGGAAAUGAGGUCCUGGUGGAUAUUAUUGCAGAGCCGGUUCCCGGAUUGGAUGUUCGCCCCGUGGGCCAUGAUCUCAGCACCAAGAGCUUCAUCUUUCCGUCCCCGGACCCAUCACCGGUGGUCGUCAAGUCUCUGCUGGCUUCUGUGGGCAGUCGCAUUGAUGUCCGCAAGCCCAAGAUCGCCAUCGUCUCCACGGGCAGUGAGCUGAUGGCUCCCAACGAUGCCCCAGUGCUGGGCAAGAUCUAUGAUUCCAAUACCACCAUGUUGGAGGAGCUCCUCCAGUACUUUGGUUUCGAGUGCAUGAAGACCACCGUAUUGAGUGACAACUUCGAUGAAACCAAGGAUAUGCUCUCCGAUCUCUUCGAGGUUAUGGACUUUGUGAUCUGCAGUGGUGGGGUCUCCAUGGGCGACAAGGACUUUGUGAAGCCCGUUCUGGAGAAGCUUAACUUUGAGCUGCACUGCGGUAGAGUUAACAUGAAGCCGGGCAAACCCCUGACCUUCGCCAGUCGCAAUGACAAGUACUUCUUUGGUCUUCCCGGAAAUCCAGUCUCUGCUUUUGUGACAUUCCAUAUGUUUGCUCUGCCCGCCAUCCGCUGGGCCGCUGGCUGGGACCGCAACAAGUGCUCUCUGCCGAAGAUCAACGUAAAGUUGAUGAAUGAGCUCUCCCUGGAUGCUCGGCCGGAGUUUGUGCGCGCCUCGGUGAUCUCCAAGAAGGGUGUUCUCUGUGCUCGCGUCACUGGAGAUCAGAUCAGCAGCCGGUUGCAGAGCAUUGUGGGUGCCGAUGUGCUCAUCCAUCUGCCGGGAGCCACCGCCAACCGGCCCACCGCCCGGGUGGGCAAAACCUAUCCUGCCUCUGUCUUGCGUUACGAUUUCAUUUCGAAAUACGAGUAGACUAAGUCCUGAAUGAAUGACCGACAUUCGAAAUAUAGUCCUUAAGAACCAAUCACUUGACCCAGUAUGCUGGACACACAUAUAUCUUUAAAGUAUCUUACGAAUAUGACACAUAUCACUAUCGUUAUCCCCCAAAGAGAAUAAUAUAUAUCGUUUUGUUUUGAUUAGCACAAA